UUCCGGGGGCCGCUGCGGCGAGGAUUUGCCGCAGAUGACAUCAGAUGUGGAUGCUGGAAAAGUGGCGGUGUGGAGAUGCGUCGGCCCCUCCCCCCUCCUUCUUCUUCGCUUCCUCCUCCUCCUCGCUAGGUCCCUGCCCUGCACCUUCUCCGUAUAAAACCGCCGCCACCUCCCCACCAGCCCUCACUCCCUGCCUCCUGCAGAACCGUCGCUGAGUGGUCCUUCUCUCCCCAGAGCGGAGUGAAGCGCCCACGAUGGCCACCGUGGUGGUGGUGGAAGUAGAAUCAGAGCCCUCCUGUAGCAUCCUCAGCCCCACCUCCCUCUCGCACCGCUUCCUGGACAGCAAAUUUUACCUGCUGGUGAUCAUCGGCGAGCUGGUGACUGAGGAGCACCUGCGGCGGGCUAUCGCCAACGUCGAGCGAGGAAUCCGAUCAUGGGACACAAAUUUGAUUGAACGCAUCUUGGAUCAAGAACUGAAACUUUUUGUGUCUCGCCAUUCAGCUCGAUUCUCUCCUGAAAUUCGAGGUCAGAAGAUUCUUCACCACAAAAGUGAUGUCUUAGAAACUGUAGUCCUGAUCAAUCCCUCAGAUGAAGCAGUUAGUACUGAGGUGCGCUUAAUGAUCACAGAUGCUGCAAGACACAAGCUCCUUGUACUAACUGGACAAUGCUUUGAAAACACAGGAGAACUCAUUCUUCAGUCAGGGACCUUCUCCUUCCAGAACUUCAUUGAGAUCUUCACAGAUCAAGAGAUUGGUGAAUUGUUGAGCACCACACACCCCGCCAACAAAGCUAGCUUAACUCUUUUCUGCCCUGAGGAAGGGGACUGGAAAGAUUCCAACCUUGACAGGCACAACCUUCAAGACUUUAUUAACAUUAAACUCAACUCAGCUUCCAUAUUGCCUGAAAUGGAAGGACUCUCUGAAUUCACAGAGUAUCUUUCAGAAUCAGUAGAAGUGCCAUCACCCUUUGACAUUUUGGAACCUCCAACUUCAGGAGGCUUCUUGAAAGUCUCCAAACCCUGCUGUUAUAUUUUCCCAGGUGGAAGAGGGGACUCUGCAUUGUUUGCAGUGAAUGGAUUCAACAUGCUUAUCAAUGGAGGAUCCGAAAGAAAAUCUUGCUUUUGGAAACUUAUCCGGCACUUGGACAGGGUAGAUUCCAUUCUACUCACUCACAUUGGAGAUGAUAACCUUCCAGGAAUCAAUAGCAUGCUUCAGCGAAAGAUAGCUGAAUUAGAAGAGGAACAGUCCCAAGGAUCUACUUCCAACAGUGACUGGAUGAAAAAUCUAAUCUCACCUGAUUUAGGAUUUAUAUUCCUUAAUGUACCUGAGAACCUGAAGAACCUGGAUCCUAACUUUAGAGUAAAAAGGAGUGUAGAAGAAGCUUGUUUUACUCUCCAGUAUUUAAAUAAAUUGUCUAUGAAACCAGAACCUCUUUUCAGAAAUGUAGAAAAUACCAUUGACCCCAUCAUUUUGUUUCAGAAAAUGGGAGUUGGCAAACUUGAGAUGUAUGUGCUUAAUCCUGUAAAAAACAGCAAAGAGAUGCAAUAUUUUAUGCAACAGUGGAGUGGUACUAGCAAAGAUAAAGCUGAAUUCCUGCUAUCAAAUGGCCAAGAACUAGACAUUCCAUUAUCCUAUUUCAACUCUGUCUCAUCCCUGAUUGUGUGGCAUCCAGCUAAUCCUGCAGAAAAAAUAAUCCGAGUUCUGUUUCCUGGAAACAGUACCCAAUAUAAUAUUCUAGAAGGACUAGAAAAACUUAAACACUUAGACUUCCUUAAACAACCAGUGGUUACACAAAAAGACCUAACUGGGAACAUUGCUAGUCCAGCUGUGAAACUAGCAAAGUUGAAAAAACGAACAGACAGCAAGGAGAGUCUGAAGCCUGUUUCAAAGACACCACCAAGCAAGCCUCUCAGAAAGGAAUCUAAAGAAGAAACACCAGAGCCUGCAAAGCCUAGUCCAGCGCUGGAAAAGGUUCAGAAACUGGAAAGCAAAGAAAAAGUUCCAGCUAAAAAAGAUAAACCAGCAAAAGUGGAGAACAAACCUGUAGUGGCAGAAAAAGAUGUAACAAGUAAAGAAGAGCAAUUAGUAAAACCUGAAACUCUUGAAAAACAAGCUACAGAUGUAAAACCAAAAGUGGCAAAGGAGAAGCCAGUGAAAAAGGAAGUCAAAGCAAAACUUGAAGAAAAGAAAGAGGAAAAAGAAAAAACAAAGAAAGAGGUUUCUAAAAAAGAGGAGAAAACACCCAUCAAAAAAGAGGAAAAAACAAAAAAAGAAGAGAUCAAGCAAGAAGUUAAAAAAGAGGUGAAAAAGGAAGAGAAGAAGGAAACUAAGAAGGAAGUAAAGAAAGAAGCUCCACCCAAGGAAGCAAAAAAAGAAGGUAAAAAAGAAGAGAAGAAGGAAAUUAAGAAGGAAGAAAAAGAAGCCAAAAAGGCCAUAAAAAAGAUUCCUAAAGAAACAAAGAAGACAGCUUCUCCUUCGACUGAAGUAAAAAAAACAGCAGCAAAGCCUAAGCCACAAAAGAAGGAGGAACUUGCUAAAAAAGAAGCAGUACCUGCUGGAAAGCUAAAGGAAAAAGGAAAAAUUAAGAUUGUGAAGAAUGAGAUCAAAGUCAGUGGAGGACAAGCUACCCUUGCAGCAGCUGAAGCCAGUGUCAUAACUGUAGCAGCUGCAGAAAUUGCAGCUAGUGGAAAAGAACUUGAAGUGGAGAGAUCCCUUAUGUCUUCACCAGAGGAUUUAACAAAGGAUUUUGAGGAAUUAAAAGCUGAAGAAGUUGAAACUAUAAAAGAAACAAAACCUCAAGUUGCACUUAUAGAGAAUGAACUGAAACUCACUGGCACAGAACAAAAAGAGGCCUUUGAAGUCCAAAAAGAAAAAUUAGGUAAUGAAGAACCUGCCGAGUCCUCUGAUGAAGGCAUACCUAUGACAGAGGCUGAGGGUGAGUGUGAACAAACACCUGAAGAAUUGGAACCUGUGAAAAAGCACAAUGAAAAGUUUGAAGAUGAGGGAACUGGCUUGGAAGAAUCAUAUGAAGCAGGAGAUUAUGAAGAAAAGGCAGAGACAGAAGAAGCUGAAGAUGAGGAAGAAAAGAGACCACUGGACACUGCAAAACCAUAUAUGGAGGAAGCAAGAGAAAUGGAAGAGAGUUCAGAAGAAAUAAUGGCUGAAGCAGAUGCUAACAUUAAAUCCAGAAAAUCUAUUGAAAAGGCAGAUGAUGAGGCAGCAGAUGAACAGGCUGAGGAAGACAGGGAAGAAGCAGUAGAAAAGGCAGAAACUGAAGAGACUGAAGAAGAGGAAGAAGACAAAGCUGAAGACAUCAGAGAUGAAGAGGAGACUGAAAAAAUAGAAGCUGAAGAAGAUUAUGUGAUGGCUGUGGUAGACAAAGCUGCAGAAGCAGGUGAAGUUGAAGAUAAAUAUGGCCUACUCAUAAUUACACCAAUAAAAUGGUCAGAGCCUCAGCCUCCAGCAGUUGAACAGGCCUCUUCUAUCCAUGAAGAAACAUUACCUGGUGGUUCAGAAAGUGAAGCCACUGCUUCUGAUGAAGAAGACAGAGAAUAUCAACCUGAGGAAUUCACUGCUACUUCAGGUUAUACACAGUCUACCAUUGAAAUAUCCAGUGAACCAACUCCAAUGGAUGAAAUGUCUACACCCCGGGAUGUCAUGAGUGAUGAAACUAACAAUGAGGAAAGCGUGUCACCUUCGCAGGAGUAUAUGAACAUUACCAAGUAUGAGACAUCAGUAUACUCUCAAGAGUUUGCUAGACCUAAUCUUUCUUCACUUUUGUAUGCUUUUAAUAAUUUAUCAGAGGCCACAGAAGGUAAAGACUAUAAUGCCUCAGCUUCUACCAUCUCACCACCUUCUUCAUUAGAGGAAGACAAAUUCUGCAAAUCUGCAUUCCAAGAUGUAUAUUGGCAAAAAGGAAGUGAAAUACAAGGCACUGUCAAAUUCGAAAUCAAAGAACCCUAUCCAGAAGAUGGUGGAAAAUGUAGUCCAGCCAAGAGUCUAGCUGAGAGUUUGUCCCCUCCAUCACCCAUUGCCAAAACACCACUGAGUGAACGUAGUGUGAACUUUUCGCUCACUCCCAAUGAGAUCAAGGUCUCAGCUGAGCCUGUCCCUGUCAAUGUACAUCAAGAAGUUGCUGAAGAACACUGUGCAAGCCCUGAAUAUAAAAUAUUAGAAGUAGCAUCUCCCUCACAGUCUGCUGCUGGUAGUGCUGGCCACACACCUUAUUAUCAGUCUCCCAGUGAUGAAAAAUCCAGUCAGCUUUCCUCUGAAACCAGUGAAAAGUCAACAGAAGCUCCUGUUAGCUUUGAACUCAGUGAAGUCAAAGAUGAGUUUGAAAAACCCACAAUAAGCCCUCUGGAUGAGCCUGUUCCAGAUUCAGAAUCUCUUAUUGAAAAGGUUCUCUCACCUCUACGGAGUCCAUCACUGAUAUGUUCAGAGACCACUUAUGAUACAUUUUUGAGUGCUGAUGUAAACUCUCCCACCAGAGAUUAUGGAAGUCCUUCUGAGAGGAAACCUGAAAAAGAAAAAUCACUUGUUCAGAUGAGCCCAGCUUCUGAGGCCAGCUCUGUGGGCCUUUUUCAAGAAAAACAAGAUGAAAAAAAUAUGGAUUUUAUGGUAAUUAAGGAAGGCUUCAGUCUAGAAAGGAAAAUAGAACAUACAGAACCCAGCAGCUCCCAGUCUUCACUGGUCUUGGAUGAGCAGAAGUUAGCAGGUGAUCUCUCACCUACUCAAAUAGAUAUCAGUCAAUUUGGUUCCUUAAAAGAAGACAACAAAAUGUCAAUUUCUGAAGGAACUGUUUCUGACAAGUCUGCAACACCAGUUGAUGAGGUUGUAGCAGAAGACACCUAUUCCCAUAUAGAAGGAGUAGCUUCUGUCUCUACAGCAUCUGUUGCUACUAGUUCAUUUCCAGAACCAACUACUGAUGAUGCAUCUCCUUUGCAUGCUGAGGUUGGAUCCCCUCACUCUACUGAGGUUGAUGAUUCUCUUUCAGUGUCAGUUGUACAAACACCAACAACAUUUCAGGAAGCAGACAUGUCUCCAUCUAAGGAAGAGUGCCCAAGGCCCAUGUCAAUUUCUCCACCAGAUUUCUCACCUAAAACCUCAAAAUCAAGAACCCCGGUGCACAAUCACAGAGUUCCUGAGCAGUCAACCAUGGUAUUUGAAUUUGGUCAGGAGUCCCCUGAGCAGUCUUUAGCAAUGGACUUUAGUAGGCAAUCUCCAGGCUGUCCUACUGUAGACACUAGUAUACACCAUAUAUCUGAAAAUGGACCAACAGAAGUAGAUUAUAGUCCUUCAGAUAUACAGGAGCCUACUUUUGCACAGAAGAUUUCCCCUGUGGAACAGUCAUCUUACUCUCAGGAGAAGGAUAUUUCAGAAAUUAUUUCAAUUUCUCAAAUUGAAGCUUCAUCCUCAGCUUCAUCAGCUCAUACACCUUCUCAGUUAACUUCACCACUGCCAGAAGAAACUUUUUCAGGUGCUGUUCCACUCAGAGAUAUGUCACUACAUUCUCCUUUUACCUCUGAAAAGGUACAUAGCCUUGGAGAAAAGCUAUCACCAAAGUCUGACCUAUCUCCAUUAACUCCAAGGGAAUCUUCUCUGUACUCUCCUAGUUUUCCAGAUUCACCUCCUGUAAUCACAGAAGCAGUGUCAGCUAGUCAUACAUCUUUGUUGUUGCUGCAAGUGUCCUCUGUCAAAGCAUUUGGUUACCAGGAACCCCUAAUAAAGCACAGUCCAGAACCUUUAAUCAGCCCAGAAAAGGAAGAUUCAGAGAAAAGUAGCAGGUCACUAGAAGAACUUAGUUAUUCUUACAAGGACACAGAGAAAACUACUAGGUCACCAAAGGAUAUUAGCUACUCCUAUGAGGCAGUUGAAAAAACUAGAUCACCUCAGGCCAUAGAUUAUUCCUAUGAGAUAACAGGGAAAGCUACUAGGUCACCUGAGGCCACAGAUUAUUCUUAUGAGAUAACAGGGAAAACCACGAGCUCACAUCCUAAAACUGAACUUUCACCCUCAUUUAUCAACCCAAAUCCCUUUGAGUGGUUUGCAAGUGAAGAACAGUCUCAAGAUCAAGAAAAGCCAUUAACUCAAUCUGGGGGAGCCCAGCCACCUCCUGGGGGAAAGCAGCAAGGGAAGCAGUGUGAUGAAACCCCUCCCACAUCUGUGAGUGAGUCUGCCCCAUCUCAGACUGAUUCAGAUGUUCCCCCUGAGACUGAGGAAUGUCCUUCCAUCACUGCAGAUGCUAACAUUGAUUCAGAAGAUGAGUCAGAAACCAUUCCAACAGACAAGAUGAUCAUGUACAAACAAAUUGACCCACCACCUGUCCCAAUGCAGGAUCACAGCCCUUCUCUGAGGCACCCUGAUGUCUCCAUGGUUGAUCCAGAGACUUUGCCCAUUGAUCAGAAUUUGGGUAAAACUUUGAAGAAGGAACUCAAAGAAAAGACAAAGACAAAAAAGCAGGGUACUAAGACCAAGUCGCCUUCUCCUGUUAAAAAAAGUGAUGGUAAAUCAAAUCAAGUGGCUUCACCAAAACCAGCUAUAAAAGAAUCUAUAGACAAAAAUUCCAAAAUGGGUUCUCAAAAAAAGAAGCAGUUUGUGGAGAAGUCAAACAAAAAUAUCUCUAUUCCAGAAGUAAAGUCUCGAGUGGAAGAGAAAGAUAAGGACACCAAGAAUGCAGCAAAUACGACAUCCAAGUCAGCAAAGACUGCAACCACAGGACUUGGGAAUAGUAAGUCAGCAAAAUAUACAGCGGUUCCUCCAGGACCUCCAGUGUAUUUGGAUCUGGUGUACGUUCCUAACCACAGCAAUAGCAAGAAUGUCAACAUUGAGUUUUUCAAGAGGGUGCGAUCAUCCUACUACGUGGUGAGCGGGAACGAUUCUGCAGCCGAGGAACCAAGCAGGGCUGUUCUGGACUCCCUGCUGGAGGGCAAGGCCCAGUGGGAGAGUAGCAUGCAGGUGACCUUAAUUCCAACCCAUGACUCAGAAGUGAUGAAGGAAUGGUACCAAGAGACGCAUGAGAAACAGCAGGACCUCAACAUCAUGGUUUUGGCAAGCAGUAGCACUGUUGUUAUGCAAGAUGAAUCAUUUCCCGCAUGCAAGAUUGAACUGUAAGAACAAGACCAUGCACCACGAGAUUUAACUUUGUUUCCAGCAAUUGUUCAGUUUGAAAACACCUUUUCUAAAAAUUCAACCCAUCUAUUUCAACUGCUGAAUUAUAUACCUGCAAAAUGCUAUGCUGUGUCACAGUGAUGCAAGUCACUAAUAUUUUUCAGUCUUUGCUGAUUGCUAAGGGAAAUAACAAUAUUCCCAUAGUAGGGUUCAGAUUACUGCAAAAAUACAGAUCCAGUUUCAUCUCUGCUGAACAUUUGGAAGCCAGGUAGAGGCAUUUGCCCUCUAAAGAAACACGAAGAGAGAGAAAGAGAGAGAGGGGUAGGAGGAGAAAGUAGUAAAUAAUUAGAUCUCCAGUAGUCUCAUGGCAAUAGCUGUAUUGCUUACUGCAGUCUGUUUAUGCACUCACAUGAAAAGGGGGUUUUAAAUUUUUAUCAAUCUGAGCUACCACUAAGGAGGUCCCUACUUUACAGAAUUAAGUUAGCUGGAAAAUAAGAA